AUGGACUUCUGUUUCUUCAUCCCGAUCAUCUUCGGCUGCCCUACAAAGAUCAAACAAGAGGGCGAUGGGUCGGCGCGCGUGUGUCCGCGCUGCAACAACGCCCAGGUGGUACAAGCCAAGGCGCGCACGUGGUUCGAGUUGUGCUGGAUCCCGCUCAUCCCGAUGAAGAGCAAGCACAUCUUCAUUUGCAACAUCUGCCAGUGGCAGGCACCCCAGGACGGCGGCUUCCAGCCCCAGGUCGCCGGAGGCGGCUUCGGCGGUCAUCAGGGCUACCCGCAGCAGCCGCAGCAGUACGGGUACGGCCCGCCGCAGGGCAACGGCCAAUAUGGAUAUCCGCCGCCGAAGCAGUGA